ACGUAACACCUCAGUCAACUAUCAUGCCGCUCGUCGACCCACUCAGCGCUGUGACUGCCGCGCUUCAAAAGGCCAAGGUCAUCCCUGACAUCAUCCCCGCCGAUCCGCCCUUCGCGCCCGAGGCACUUCUCUCGCUCAGGUGGCCGACGGGCGUAGAGGCCCAACUCGGGAACACUCUCACCAAGGAUGAUACGACCGAUACUCCGACCGUGCAGUUCACGCCGAUGCAAGCUCCCGUUGGUGCGGCAGAUGAUGUCAGCUACACGCUCGUCAUGGUCGACCCCGAUGCGCCGAGCAGGGAGGACCGCAAGUGGGGGCCGUUCAGGCACUGGGUUGUGUCUGGCGUGAAGGCUCCUGCGAUCUCCGCGCUCGCCGCGACGGGAAAUAUGUCCGCUAGCUUCACUCAUGCUGAGGCGUGUCCAUAUAUGCCUCCUACCCCACCCCCUGGGAGCGGCCCUCACCGCUAUAUUGUGCUGCUGUAUCAAGACCCGCACUCCAACUUCAAUGUCCCACUUGAUGCGCAGGAAAGAAAGACAGAAACGGAAGACCGCAUGCAUUGGAAAGCAGCUGACUUUGCUAAGACGCACAACCUCAAGCUUGUAGCUGCCAAUUUCUUUUAUGUUCAUGGACCUGCUCAGGAAUGAGGAAACGAGGUGUCAUGGACAUAUCAUGACUCGAGCACUUGUACAUUACGAAAG